UCUCUCCGUGUGUUGUUCUUGGCCCUUGUGGUUUCGAUUUGGUUUCGAGGUGUUCUUCAGCUCCUGUGAAUUCAGAGCCCUGCUGCCUGAUGAGUUCUUGGUUCUGGAAUGGCGCCAGCAUUCGCUUCACGACUUGAUCCUCGUUCCCGCUCUCUUUUCCGCUCUCUGUUUUUUUUCGCGGUUUGUUUAUUUGUUUUCUCGGGGUUUCCGAUGCUCGGCUGGCCUGUGUCAGAGCCAUGUCUGCGUUGGGUCUCCAACUCCCGGUUCCUUCGCCUUUUCUUUUUCUUCCUCUGCUCCCUGUUGUACGGUGGCACAGUUCCUCCUUGCUCUCCUCCCUCCCCUGUUCCGUGUUCUGCGUUCGUGACGCGCCACGUUAAUGCUUUUUCGCUUCUUUGCUUCUGUUUCUCUCUCUCUCUCUCGAGGAAUUAAUGCUGGCAUCCAUUCUCUAUCAUUUUCACUUUAUAUAUUUCUGUUGUUGUUUGCUACUAGGGCGCUUGUCCUGGUUCCGGUGGCCUGCAUGUUUCACAUGACAUUGCCGCUCUGCUUCGUGUUGCAAUUUCUCCAGGUGUGAAGCGGCGCAACGGCGGCGGCAGCGGCCGAGGCCGAGGCGGCGAUACGGCGGGUGAUUACCUUCCCUUCCCUUCCUUCUCAGGAGAGGGAAGCGUGAGCGGCGGCGCGACGAGCACCGAUGGGACCAUUGGAGCCGCGCUACCGCCCCUCCGGCGCCCCUGAGGACGCAACUAAGAGAAGGACCUCCAAAAGCAAAAGCUUCAAAGAUGUCGAAAGUUUUGAAGUUCUGGUCCUUGAAAAGAACUGUGGUUGCAAGUUCAAAUCUUUGAAAAUCUUGAUAAUAGCUAUCAUUUCUGCAACAGUUCUUACCCUCAUAACCCCAACCUUAUAUGAGCACCAAUUGCAGUCAGCCUCCCGGUAUGUGGAUGUAGGCUGGAUGUGGGACAAAACAAAUUCUGACCCACGAUAUGCGUCAUCUGUUGAUGUUCAGUGGGAGGAUGUAUAUAGAGCAUUGAGAAAUCUAAAAAGUGGGAAUCAAGAUCUCAAAGUUGGACUCUUGAAUUUUAAUAGCACCGAGUAUGGGUCUUGGACACAGUUGUUCCCGGACAGCCAUGUUUCCACUAUAAGACUUGAGCAUGCCAAGGACAGCAUUACUUGGCGGACACUGUAUCCUGAAUGGAUCGAUGAGGAGGAAGAAACUGAGAUACCCUCUUGUCCAUCUCUUCCUGAGCCUAAUGUUCGAAGAGGUGUACGCUUUGAUGUCAUUGCCGUGAAGCUUCCUUGUACCCGUGUUGCCGGUUGGUCAAGAGAUGUUGCACGGCUCCAUUUGCAGCUCUCAGCAGCAAAAUUGGCUGUGGCCUCUUCGAAGCGCAACCACAAGGUUCAUGUGCUUUUUGUAAGCGACUGCUUCCCAAUUCCGAAUCUCUUCCCUUGCAAGAACCUUGUGAGACAUGAAGGCAAUGCUUGGUUAUAUAGUCCUGACUCGAAAGCAUUAAGGGAAAAGCUCAGGCUUCCAGUUGGAUCCUGUGAGCUUGCUGUUCCGCUCAAAGCAAAAUCGAGACUUUUCUCAGUAGAUCGGCGAAGAGAAGCAUAUGCAACAAUACUGCAUUCAGCAAGUGAAUAUGUCUGUGGCGCUAUCUCAGCAGCUCAAAGCAUUCGCCAAGCAGGAUCAACUAGGGAUCUAGUUAUCCUUGUUGAUGAGACCAUAAGUGAUCACCACCGGAGAGGCUUGGAAGCUGCCGGGUGGAAGGUCAGAAUAAUCCAAAGAAUCCGGAACCCAAAAGCUACGCGUGAUGCUUACAACGAGUGGAACUACAGCAAGUUCAGGCUGUGGCAGCUGACUGACUACGACAAGAUCAUCUUCAUCGAUGCUGACCUUCUCAUUCUUAGGAAUGUUGACUUCCUGUUCGCAAUGCCAGAGAUCACUGCAACUGGCAACAACGCAACGCUCUUCAACUCCGGUGUCAUGGUCAUAGAGCCUUCCAACUGCACGUUCCAGCUGCUGAUGGACCACAUCAACGAGAUCACGUCGUACAACGGUGGAGAUCAAGGUUACCUGAAUGAGAUUUUCACAUGGUGGCACCGCAUCCCCAAGCACAUGAACUUCCUGAAGCACUUCUGGGAGGGCGACGAUGAGGAAAUGAAGGCGAAGAAGACCCAGCUGUUUGGCGCAGACCCCCCGAUGCUCUAUGUCCUCCACUACCUAGGCCUGAAGCCGUGGCUGUGCUUCAGGGACUAUGACUGCAACUGGAACAACGCCGCAAUGCGUGAAUUCGCUAGCGAUGUCGCGCACGCACGGUGGUGGAAGGUGCAUGACAAGAUGCCACGGAAGCUCCAGUCCUACUGCCUCCUGAGGACACGGCAGAAGGCGGGCCUGGAGUGGGACCGGAGGCAGGCUGAGAAGGCCAACUCUGAAGACGGCCAUUGGCGCCGCAACAUCACCGACCCCAGGCUGAAGACCUGCUUUGAGAAGUUCUGCUUCUGGGAGAGCAUGCUCUGGCAUUGGGGCGAGAGCAAUAACAGGACGAAGAGCAGCCCUGCGACGGUGACGACGCCGAGCUUGGCAAGCUCAUGAUCUGUAGAUAUACAAACAACUUCCGAUGUGGCAACCAUACAUGCAUAGCAAUAGCUUGUAUAGUUGGCUAUGCUUAGGUCUUUGCUAUACAAAAUACACCCCUCCCUGCUGCUGUCAUGGCUUGGCUCUGUAUCAGCUGCCGGCCUGCCUCGAUAGGUAACGAUUCUUUUGGGUUGGCUGAGAUAAUAAGUUACUGGUGCAUGUAAAUUUCCCUGCUGAAAUUCUGUGAGCGUGUGUGAGAAAAUGCAUUUGUAUAGGGCGGCAAUAAUAAGGAUUACUGCAUGAAAAAAUAUGGCUAGUUGUACAGUGUACACCGCCAGACUUGUAUAGUUCGACACCUUACCGGCAGUGCAGAAACAGAACAAUACACUGUAA